UUUAGCGUGAGUGACAUCACUGGUUCCGUCCCAACACGGAAAUGAAAGAUGGUUGUUGUGAUCCCGUGGAUUGGUGUGCCGCCUCCUGCGUGGGUAACCGUACCUGCUGUACAUGCCAACUUAAAAGUUGUAAUGUCGAGUUGAAGAAGGAAUUAUGCACAGUAAUUUGAAAUGGAUUCCGUACCCAGACGUGUAGUAACAGUUAGAUUUCGGUUUUAAUGUUGAAUAUACGAUUGCUGAUUAGCUACUUUAUUAGCUAUAGCCUAUUUAACAUAACGUUAUAUUACAUAAAGGACAAACUUGGAAAAUGAAGGACUGGAGACGAUUCCUACUGUUACUCCUGUUCACAUUUCUCGGUGGAAGCGUUCUUCAGUGUCAGGCGGGCAGCUCGGUGACCCUGCCUGAGUCUCUGCUCUUUGUGUCCACUCUGGACGGCAGCCUGCACGCGGUCAGCAAGCAGUCUGGGGACAUUAAGUGGACGCUGAAGGAAGACCCCAUCAUUCAAGUGCCUGUCUACCUGACUGAACCAGGGUUCCUCCCAGACCCCAAUGAUGGCAGUCUCUAUGUGCUGGGGGGCAAGAACAAGGAGGGUCUGAUGAAACUGCCCUUCACUAUUCCAGAGCUGGUACAGUCCUCUCCCUGCAGGAGUUCAGAUGGAGUUCUCUACACCGGGAAGAAGCAGGACACAUGGUUUGUGGUGGACCCUCAGACGGGAGAGAAACAGAGCAGUCUGACCACCGGCUCUUCAGAGUCCAUCUGCCCCUCUGCACCUCUACUCUACAUUGGGCGCACAGAGUACAUGAUCACCAUGUACGACACCAAGACGCGGGAGCUGCGCUGGAACGCCACCUACAACGACUACUCUGCCCCUCUGUACGACGACAAAUACGACUACAAGAUGGCGCACUUCACGUCCAGCGGGGACGGGCUGGUGGUGACUGUGGACAGGGAGACGGGGGACGUGCUGUGGAUGCAGAACUACGGCUCGCCAGUAGUGGGCGUGUACCUGUGGACGCAGGACAGCCUGCGGCGAGCUCCCCACAUCAACCUGGCCAUGGAGACCCUGCGCUACCUCACCUUCUCCUCCCACAACGUUCACACCAUGAAGUGGAGCUACCAGUUCGUCAAGGAGCAGGCCAGCGCCAAGACACAGCUUGUGUAAGACACACUGACUGUGUAUGUGGGGAAGAUGGAUUUUCAUGCUAAACUGAGCUUUUCUUCGCCGCAGCCACGCGGGCUGACGCUGGCCAGGAUUGAGGGGCCAACGACAGAGGAGGUGACGGUGAGGGACACGGCCGAGUGCGAGAUCACUCCCAGCACAGACGUCAAGUACCCCCCAGGCACCACGCAGAGCCUGCACAACCAUUGGCUGCUGAUUGGUCACCAUGAGAUACCCCCUGUGGCGCACACCACUAUGCUGCGGGAAUUCCCUGAGAGCCUUCAACGUUCCGGGGAUGCUGUGAUCCCGCCCCGGGCCUCACCACGCCCACCAUACCACCCUUUCGUGGCAGGGAGUAAGACCCGGGAGCCCCUGCCUGUCAAACAGGAUGCCCCGCCUGUGGCCACGCCCCCUCUGAUGGCCAUCCUGCCUGAGAGCCUGACCCAGGACCCUCUCACCCUGGUCGUGCUCACCCUGCUGCUGGGCGGCUGGCUGGCCUUUGUGUUCACGUACCCUCGGCGCAUGGCCCAUCAGGAGAAGGUGCAGAGGCAGCAGCUGGAGGAAGCUCUGGAGUCCAGGCUGCAGAGGCUGCAGACUCAGCAGAGCGUGCCCCCCCCCUCUGACUCUGGGCCCCCCCGAAGCAGCAGUGACUCUGUCAGAGAUGGCGUCUCCAAUGGCUCCCCACCUCAGGGGCCCCCACAAACUGCAGAGCCCCUACACACUACAGAUGAGAGGAGAGAUGGACAGCCACAGGAAGUGGAAGUGGGGAAGAUCUCUUUCGAUCCUGCUGAGGUGCUCGGACAUGGGGCAGAAGGCACUUUCGUCUUUAGGGGCUGUUUUGAUGGCCGCCGGGUGGCUGUGAAGCGGAUCCUGCCGGAGUGCUUCGACUUCGCCGAGCGGGAGGUGCAGCUUCUGCGCGAGUCCGACGAGCACCCCAACGUCAUCCGCUACUUCUGCACCGAGCGCGACCGCCAGUUCAUCUACAUCGCCAUCGAGCUGUGCGCUGCCACGCUUCAGCAGUUUGUUGAGGACCCAGAGUGCCCACACUCCAGCCUGGACCCCGUGACCCUCUUACAGCAGACCAUGUGCGGCCUGAGUCACCUGCACUCUCUAAAUAUUGUGCACCGGGACCUGAAGCCUCGGAACAUCCUGCUGUCCAUGCCGGGGCCACGGGGCCGGGUGCGGGCGCUGAUCUCUGAUUUCGGCCUGUGUAAGAAGCUCCCGGCGGGGCGGCACAGCUUCAGCCUGCGCUCAGGGAUCCCCGGCACGGAGGGCUGGAUCGCCCCGGAGGUGCUCCUGGACCCGCCCAAGGACAACCCGACCAGUGCGGUGGACAUCUUUUCUGCAGGAUGUGUUUUCUACUAUGUGGUCUCUAGGGGGCAGCAUCCGUUUGGAGAUACCAUUCGGCGGCAGGCCAAUAUCCUGUCAGGAGCUUACAACCUUGAGCACUUCAUGGAUGACCUGCACGAUGACGUGAUUGCGAGGGACCUGAUUGAGAGUAUGAUCAGUGAGGACCCGCAGUCUCGCCCAUCGACAGCCUGCGUUCUUAAGCAUCCCUUCUUCUGGAGCCCCGAGAAGCAGCUGCAGUUCUUUCAGGAUGUGAGUGACCGGAUAGAGAAAGAGCCACCAGACAGCCCCAUUGUGGUGAGUCUGGAGACAGCGGGCAGAGCGGUGGUCAGGACCAACUGGAGGAUGCACAUCUCUGUCCCUCUGCAGACAGACCUUCGGAAGUUCCGCACCUACAAAGGCAACUCAGUCCGGGACCUGCUGAGGGCCAUGAGGAAUAAGAAGCACCAUUACCACGAGCUGCCUGCAGAAGUGCAGGAGACACUUGGGGAGGUCCCAGAAGGUUUUGUGCAAUACUUCACCUCACGCUUCCCUCGCCUGCUGCUACACACACACAGUGCCAUGAGCUCCUGUGCCCACGAGCGACUCUUCCACCCCUACUACCCUCCUCCAGACCCUGAGCCCCACUAAGGAGCAGCAUGGGCAGCCCCUGGGGGGACGGACACUACAGAUCCCCCUAAAACCAAGACUACCCCAUCACACUCCAUGAUGAGGGAACGGCGCCGCCCGUCUGCUCUAACUCAACUCUCCCUCUGUGAAAACCCAAACCAUUGGACGUCAGUGGAUGGACUGACUCGCACUGUGAACAUGGUUACACACACUGGAGAUAGCCCAGUCAAAGGGGCACAUGAAGAGUUGCACUAAGCUGUUACUGUCCUUUGAAGACGCCAGAGCCAAAAGUGUCUCCUGGAGAAUGCAUCCGUUUUGUAAAUUAUUUUUGAAAAGUAUUGUAUUUUUAAAGUAUUUUUAUCAAUGGAACGAUGGAAUCACUGUUUUUAAAACUUUCAUUUAUCUAACAGAAUAUUCAGCCAGAUGAGGAUAGGAAUGAUUUUUACACUGGCUAGGGUGAGCAAUGAAGCCUGUAAUGAUCCUUAAGCCUGAGAACGUCCAAUAGAGGCGUGUGUGUAUAUGGCUGAAUACGUUACAAGAAAAAAAUCUUUCCCACUUUC